CAACUACGUUCAGAUCACGUGGGCGGCGCUGCAUGCAGUCCAGGCAGGACUGGAUUGACAAACGGCUAGCGAGCAGAUAACGGGAAUUACGGUAACAGAGAGGGAAAUACCGACAGACAAGAUGGGAGUUGAGAUUGAGACAAUAACCCCGGGCGACGGAAGGACUUUUCCCAAAAAAGGACAGACGUGCGUGGUGCAUUAUAUCGGCUCCCUUACAGAUGGCCGCAAGUUUGACUCUUCGCGAGACAGAGACAAGCCCUUCAAAUUUAAGAUAGGAAAACAGGAAGUGAUCCGUGGCUGGGAGGAGGGUGUUGUGCAGAUGAGUGUGGGCCAAAGGGCCAAGCUGACCUGCUCUCCUGACUUUGCCUAUGGGAACAAGGGCCACCCUGGCAUCAUCCCGCCUAACGCCACUCUCAUUUUUGAUGUGGAGCUACUGAGCCUCGAAUAAAGCAUCCCCACUGCCUUUUGUUGUUGCCUCCUAUCUUGGAAAACCGAAAAAGCUAGGAGAGUAUGCACUUGAUUUUAUUAGGCUUCAGUCAAUAGUUCCACUUUGGUCACUAUCUUACCCAUAUGUAGAAAAUGUGUAUUUGUGACUCAUUCCCCCCCCCUCCACAUCCUUCCUUUAAAAAUCUGUGGGCCAUAACCUUACAAACCUCGUGAAGUUCUUAAUCUUGAAUUUUAAAUUGUGCUUUAUUUUGCUUUGUUUUGUGUAGAAUUUAUAAGUUGUGCAUGAUCAAGCAUAUAUACAGACAUACCAAUGAUACAUUAACAGCAACAGCAAGACACAUAGAUAAUUACCGAGGUACACUGGUGAUCAAUUCUUUGGUGUUUAGUAAUAUAUCAGCUUAAAUGGGGAAAAAUUAGUGUGCUUUUUUCUUUUCCACGCCUUCCUAUAGGAAACUAGGAGAUUUCACAGCUUUAGGCUCUGAAGACUUAGUACAUAAUGUCAUUAAUAUUGAGUAGUGUUGUUGAAAAUAUAAUUGUGGACUUCCUUAGCAAUUCCAAACAAGAACUCUUUAAACAUGUUAAAGUUGUGAAUUGUACUGAAUCAUGUUCACUUUGCCUUGAACACAAGUGAAUGGAACCCCUUGUCCACCCCCCUUUUUUAGGGAAUCUAGUUUUGAAUGCAGAAAAAUAGCCAGCAUUCUGUGCACAGGAAGUAGUGAAAUUGAUGUACCUCUCAGAUCUGUGUGCCUACACCACAUCAGGCCAGCAUGCCAUGUAGGAUACCAGGAAUCUUUGUUCUUGUAUGAAUUUAAAUUGAAUCAAUAUUAUUUUCCUUCUUUCAAGUCAACUUUUCACAAAGCCAUAUACCUGCAUACCGUGCAGAAGUUGCGUACCGUACAUGCACAUUAAUUCGAGUAGUGAUUUUUUUCUUUUAAAUUGCCUAAAAAGAAAUAAAAAUACUGGGGUCGAGGAACUUGUUAAAUCUUAACCUCCCCCUCCUUAUUUUUGUUUAAACAACUUGCCAUUAAAUAUAUUUUUCAGAUGCCAACUUUCUAUCUCAAAUAAAUGCUUAUUCUAUAAUGAAAUAGUUUACUUUUGCAAGCUAUCAAUGUCACUAGUAACAUGGGCCACACUGCCUAAGUGCUACCAGUGUGGUAAUGGGAGGCAGAUGCAUCCUUUUAUAUUGAAUUGAAAAAAGGUGUUCACAUGAAAUAUGAACCUGAAUAAAGUAUGUUAUGAGAUGCUGGUCAUCACUGCUCUCGAUGUUAGCUGUCCAGUGUGGCAUGAACGGUCCUUUACUGCACUGUGUAUCUGUGUGCUGAGUUAAAUACGCAGGCAAAACCAAUGAAAUCAAAUGUGCUGUUGCAAUAAAGUGCUUUCUACCAGCUUUGGGAAAAAUGAAA